UAGCGGAUCAAAAGUCCUUAGCGAACCCUUUUUGGUUACCUUCUCCGUUCAACCAAAUACCCUCCUAAAACCCUUGCCUCUGCUUCGACACCCUUUUCUCUCUAUUUGCAGCUUCCAAUUCAACAUGGCGAACAAAAGACAGAAAUUAGCUCGCAAGCAAUACAAAGAAGCACACCCUGAUCUGUUUCCGUCCCCAGAGCCAACCCCAGCGAAAGACCCAGACAAGAAGAAGAAGAAGAAAAAUAAGAAGAGCCAGUUCAAGCGCGAAAAAGAAGAGUCCAAAGAGCCUAAACACCUUAAUAAACCCUACAAAAAAGGGAUUAGAAAACACCCACUUAGAAUUCCCGGCAUGAAGCCUGGUGAAAGUUGCUACAUAUGUAAAGCCAAAGAUCAUAUCGCCAAGCUUUGCCCCCAAAAAGCUCAAUGGGAUAAACAUACGAUAUGUUUGCUUUGUCGUCAUCGUGGACACAGUUUGAAGAACUGCCCUCAGAUUAUGGAUAAAAAGUUGUGUUACAAUUGUGGAGAAACUGGACAUUCUCUAUCGAAGUGCCCUCAACCUCUUCAAGAUGGGGGAACUAAGUUUGCCAAAUGUUUUAUUUGUAAGGAAAUUGGACAUUUGAGCAAGAACUGCCCAAAAAAUACUCAUGGAGUCUAUCCAAAGGGUGGUUGUUGCAAAAUAUGUGGUGGUGUAAGCCAUUUAGCCAAAGAUUGUCCUGAUAAAGGCAAAAAAGCAUCUGCUGCAACUUCCAGAGGUGGUGCAUCAUUCGAACAUGGAGAAAGGCCUGCAGGGCAGGUGACAAAAUUCAUUAGUGGUGAUGAUCUUGAUGAUGACUUCGUUACAGCAGACUUUACGUCAACAGAAAAUGUUGCUUCUGAUGCAAAAGAUGCUAAGAUAAAAUCAAAAAAGAAACAAGGGCCUAAAGUGGUAAAUUUUGUAGGAUGAAAAUUUUCUUCCAGUGAAUUUCAUGAGUAGUAUUUAUGAUCUCUGCUGACAGAUGAUUGCUAUAUUUCAAAUAUGUUCUAUGGUGUUUCAAAUAUAUUUUCUUCCUCUGUCA